UUUUUAUAACUAAAUAUCUAUGGACUGAAGUCGAGUAAGAAGCACACUGUUUGGUUAAUGAAAUUAUUUAGGUAUGUCAUCAUCUGAGACCUUGUACUUUCCUUCUUCGUUGUUUGUUAUGACAGGACAAUCAGCCAUCUUGAACCCGCAGAMAUUCGCUGCGCUGAUUGGUUUAUUAGCCCUCGGAUGAUUUUAUGCAGAUCCAUUUUAGCAGGUAUUCUGAAUUCAACAUUUAUAUUCAAAUUCGCUAUUUUUAUAAUUUUUGUUUUCAUACUUAUUUAUUAGAGCCGACGCACUUAAUCCGUAAGGGUUACAAGUAGUACAAAAAAUUACUUAAAAUUAUGUUUAAGCUUAUAUAUCUUUUAAUUAUUUUUUAUUUUAUUUUGGUGCAUAAUAUUUUCUAAAUUGAGUAGCUUUUAUUUUCCAUAAAGUUAUGAUUUAAAAGCAAACCUUCUCAUGAUUAAAUGACAAGAUUGAUAUUCCUUCGGCACUACUUAAUUAUUAGGUACGGUAUUAAAAUACGAGCAGCAAAAUCGUCCAACUUUUGUGGCAACUUUUGCUGCAAAACAAGUGGCAAAGCGAUGUUGCGCGUUUUACUAGCGGCGAACCAACUUUUUUCGCAGCAAAAUUUUUUGUUGCAAGUUGAAAAAGUUUGCUGCAGAAAGUAGAAGGUGGUUCUACUUUUUUCAACAAAACUCAAAGAUGUUGCCAAAAACUUGUCUCGCACCAAAAUGACGUCGCGCGACAAUCAGCUGACUACAUUGYCCAAUCCGAAAAGAAGGAUUUGCUCAACCUGCUGCAAAUUAUUUUGAUGCGAGACAAUUUGCUUCGCCAGUAGUAAAACGCGUAACAUCGCUUUCCAACUUGUUUUGCAGCGAUGUUGCGAGACAAGUUGGACGAUUUUGCUGCUCGCAUUACCGUACCUUUACUAAAAACACAGGUAGCCCAAGCUCAUUAUGUAUUAUGUCUUCCUGAAUGUCUCAAAAAGAACACAGAGGUGAGUCGAUUUUUGACACCAUUUUGGAACAUUUAUUUGUGAAAUGCUGAAAAGUAGUAAUUUUUUGGGAAAUCCAUYGUAUGCUGGUCGCUAACAUACAAAAUUCAUGUAAAGGAAAUGUGCAAAAUGGACAUUAUUCUUGGACAUUAUUCACACGGUGCUCGUGACCCUUCAAACGCAAAAAAAUCUAACCGUUGAUGCAAUGUGUGAGGAUUUGUUCCGAAUUAAGUUAAGCAGUUAAUAAAUUCAGUUUUCAGUCUUUUCAGGCCGUUUCGUUGCCAUUCAAAUGAAAAACCAUCAUGCAGAUUGAAAAUGAAACCAUUUUGACGUCAUAUGACGUCAUAGUGAGAAGUCGGUAUGAAAGGGAGGAUAAAAAGAACCUGAUAAAUAAUAUUUUUCUCCUAGCAAAAUGCAAGUGUGGCUUGACUAAGAMCCAACUUUUUCUUUCAAUCUUUGAACAAAAAAUCAAAAACUUUUUUUAACACGAACUUAAAUGCUAAACGUCAAUAUCAUUAUGAAAAAAUGGGGUUACUCCUUCCUUUUCUGUACCAGCAGUAUUAAAAAUAAUUAUUUUUCUCUUUUAUAGGUAUCUUCAUUAAUCWUAUUCCAUUGUAAAUUAAUUAAAUAUACAGUUUACAUUGAAGUUUUUUCUUCUGUAUUAUUUAAAUAUUGUAUCUAAAAUAAGUAUACUACGUUUUGUAAUCUUCCUUUUUUGUCUUUUGUAACAAUAAAAUUGAACAAUAGCUAUUAUUUUCUAGGUMUAAAAAUCCAAUAGAAUAAAAAUAAUCGGUGACCGGUCUGUUUUCUUUUCUUUUCCAUAUCCUUAAUUUUGUAUUAUCGUUCUUUUUAUCUAUGYAUUGAAAUUUGCUGCGAAUUUCACCACAAAACCGCAGGUAUCCCGCAUAUUGAUCACAUGACUAGAAUUAUCCACCUGGAUGACAUCUGUCAACCCGAACCAAGCAAUAGAAGCAUUUAUCGGAAAAAAAUCCAAAAUUGAGCAAAUGAGGGAACUUCCCAAGUCUGUCCCAUCGAUCUUUAAUGGCAAAAAAACUGUCUUGUUCCUAGUGGUCCGCUUUGUACUAAUUCAAGGAAAAUCUUGACCCGAAUUGAUUCGUCACCUGUCGUCUGUCGAUGUCAAUGUAUAACCACCWAUGCUKGGUAUAGUAGAGUGGAAAGAAAAACUGCAGAAACUUCGUAUUUAAUUUGUUGACUUUUAUGGUCGUUCUGUGAAGCCUUUGCCUUCAAAUAACCGAGUGCUUAUAAGGGCGCCUUUGGAUUUUUAGAUUUCUAUAUUGUCGUAUCUUGAAGAAAUGAAUGGAAACAGAGAAGAAGCUCCGAAUGGCCCAGCGAAUUUCCCAUCUGAACAAUCACCCGAGCGAGUUCUUGUGUCUGGCGCUUCAGGUUAUAUCGCUUGUCAUGUCGUCAAGCAACUUCUUGAAAGCGGCAAUUACGUUGUACGAGGAACUGUUAGAAAUUUGAAUAACGAAAAAAAGGUUAAACCAUUGCAAAAUCUGUGCACAAAUGCAAAAUAUCCUCUCGAACUCGCCGAGGCAGAACUACUAGAUGAGCGCUGUUGGGAAAGGGCAAUACAAAACUGCCAAUAUGUACUUCAUAUGGCAUCCCCAUUUCCUGCUGCAAAUCCCCAAGAUGAAACUGAAAUCAUCGAGCCUGCUGUUGAGGGGACACUCAAUGUAUUAGAAGCAUGUGCCAAGGCUAAUGUCAGGAGAGUUGUCCUAACAAGCUCUAUUGCUGCUGUCAGUUGGUCUGCUGAUCAUACUACUAAAGAUGAGUUUAAUGAAGAAAACUGGUCUGUUGAAGACCAAUGUUCAGCUUAUGAAAAGAGUAAACUGCUAGCUGAGAAGGCUGCUUGGGACUUUGUAAAAAAAUUACCAGAUGAAAAGCAAUUUGAAUUGGUUGUGAUCAAUCCAGGUUUAGUGUAUGGACCUGUUUUACAGGGUUCCUCAUGUACAAGUAUGGAGAUUCCUAAAAGGUUGUUAGAACAUCGGAUGAUUAUGCUUCCCAGACUCCAUUAUGGUAUUGUUGAUGUGAGAGAUGUUGCUAAAGCCCACAUAUCAGCACUAACAGCACCCAAAGCUCCAGGAAAUAGAUACAUCGCCGUAACAGGUGGAAUGUGGGUCAAAGACACUGCAAAGAUUUUGUAUGAAGAAUUCAAACCACAAG